CUUCUCCUGGCUGCUGUGCUGGAUUGCUGGCCAGUCCACUGAGCACCCAGGCCUGAACAAAAACACGAGACCUCUCCAGAGAGGGUGAGAAUUGGUUUGUCACAUCUCCAAAUCUGCUUUUUGGACAACACAGGUGUUUUUGGAGGGCCAGAUGGGACAAUUUUAACCCCAAAUUGUCUUGCUGGCUCUGGGCGGGAAGACUCUGCUCUCCAGACUCCGCUGACCCUUUGAUCGGGAACUCUGUGGGAGUUCUCGCCACCCAGAGUGGGUAAGAACACACCCGUGCAGCACUUGAUCAAAGAGAUAUUGUUUGAUAUAAAGUUAAUGUUGGUAAAAUAGAUAAAUUCCUCUUUGUUUCACAGUGACAACUGGAGUAGAUGGAGCUGUGGCUCAGAAUGUUCUUUUGGGUAAAAAAAUGGGAGCAUCUGGAAUGACUCCUUGUUCUCCUCUUGGUUGUAUUAAAAUUUUUGGGGAAAAUCUGGGAGAGAUCUGUUAACAAAGGGAUGUCUAAUUGAAUACUGGAAAUUAAUCCUACCAAUUUGACUCAGGUCAAUUGCACCCAGAUAUUAGGUGGAAGUUCCAGGAAGUGGAUGGAGUUACUGGAAUGGCCAUUUCUCAGUUCAUUGAGAUCACCUGUAAAGUUUACAACAAACAAGAGGUGGAGGAGGAAAAGGUGAUGAAGAAGGAGAAGUUACAAGAGCAAGAGCAAAAAGCUUCAAUUUUGGCAGCCACCUUUGCUGAAGUUCAGGCACCUGUUGGAGGGAGGAAAUUUCCCAGGGGAAGAGGAAGGAAGGGGUAGAGGAACAGGAUCUGGAAAUGCAAUUGGAUCAUUAAUACCUCUGGGGGUUAAUCAGUGUGCCUACUGUAAGGAGCAAGGACAAUGGAAGAAUGAGUGUCUGAAAAAUAGGAAAGCCAAAAACCUCCAGGAAACACCUCCUGAAGCUGAAUUGCUUAUGAUGGAAACUGAGGCAUUUGGGUUGUACACAAGGAAUGUUUGUGCUUUGUAUUAUAAUCACAGGGAUAACAAUCACAUUAAUACCAUUAAAUAGAGAAUGUAGCCUUUGCUGAGCUGUUCAAAUUGGGGUUGAAUAUCAUAUAGAGCUCGGUAGUGCUUUCUUUAGGUAAUAGGGAGUCUCGAUUUUUAAUGCCAAAAAUGGGAUAGAAAUUGGAAUAUUUGGGAACUUUUAGCCUGAGAAGUAACCAACACAUCCACGUUCUGUAUCACAGCAGAGAAUCAGUGGGAGGAAUGUGUAGUUCUGGUCUUACAGGAACACCAGCUCCUUUGAAACUAGACUAUGCUGAGUUAUCCUAUCGUGGUGUCUAUGACAUGUGAAAGGUGACAAUAAUUAAAGAAAGAGGGAUGUUAGAAAUAAAAAAAAUGGAGAACAUUUCCUGCAACACUCUGUGUGUUGUUUAUAAACUGUACCUCAAAGUGAGAGAAAUCAACACCUUUGCAACACCCUUUGGCUUGUAAUAUUAGUCAAAGUGAUGCACGGGCACAUUGAUUUGCCUCUGGGCUUGUUUUUAUGAUGUGGUCGAUUGUCACAUACCUGCACAGCAGCAAAUGCAACGGGAGGACCCUGUUCCAUAGAAUGGCUCCAUUGUUGCUGAAUAAUGAGGAUUUAGAGCAUGAUCAGCGAGUGAAAAAGAAGCACACAUCAAAUAUCUGAGGAUUGUGAUUCCCAAGUCACUCUCAAGGUUGGAGUGAAAUGCCAGCAGCAGCAGAUAUUAGUGCCUGGAGUUGGGGUGGGUAUGAAUUAUCACGCCAUAAAAAAGUUGCCUGUGCCCUAGUUCAAGAUAUAAAUUACACUUCAUGGACAUUCUCAGCUAUUGGAACUGAAAUUACACGAAUCAGGGAAGUCACUCUUAAAAACAGAGUGGCAGUCUAUGACUUGCUCCUUAGACACACCCACAGCUGUGAGGAACUGAAAGGAAUGUGUUGUUUUAAUUCAGCAGAUAAUUAGCAGGGGGAAAAAAAUCCAACAAUGGAAAGAUUUGGCUGCAGGAUUUACAGAAGAAGGCAGAUUGGAUUUCUCGGUUACUCUCAUGGCUUCCUAAUCUAAAUGGGUUUAAACAGUUGUUUUUAUUUGCAUUUCUUAUAAUAAUUUUGAGUAUUAUUACUGGCUGCUUGACUCAGUGUAUGGUGCUUUGUAGACCUGAUACUUCUAAAGGGAUGAUGUGAGACUUGUCUUCAACAUCCUAAGUUUCAAAGGGGGGAGGUGGUACAUGGAGUUGUGUCUCUGGGGUCACAAGCUAUAGUUAGUUAUCUGUUAAACUGUAACACAUGCUAAAAGAAUAGACAGCAUUUCAAGUGAAGCCAGAGAGCCCAAAUGUGUUUUGCUCUGGAUCGAUUUAAUCUAGAUUUAAUCUACAUCCUUCUGGGCCAACGGACCGUGGACCUGGCUGGAAAAAAAAUACACAAUCAUGGCCUCAGUUCAAUCAACACCUUUUAAAGGAUAGCUGGGGAAGGGGAUGUUCCCCUGAAGCCCCUCAGAAGCCCCACUAGAGACCACCAGAGGAACUGGCAAGAAGUUCUGAACUACCGCCAAAAGGAGGACAUCACUGAUGACGUCGCCUCUUCUGUAUGGAGGAGUUGGGUGGGAUUCUGAGCACUCUUCUUACCUAAAUAUCACUCCCCUUCUCCUGGCUGCUGAGCACCCAGGCCUGAAAAAAACUGACCUCUCCUGAGCAGCUGAGAAUUGCUUUGUCACACAUCCAGAUCUCCUUUUGGACAACACAGGACAUCAGAGCUGGCCACAUUGUGCCACCCUGACACUGGGGCAGCUUUGGGUCCCCCAAGGGACUGACCUUCGCCCUGAGCUCCCAGCAGAUGGGGUGUUUGAUACUAAUUAAUAUUAACCGAGCAAAAGGGGCAAAGCCAGAGUCCAGGGAUGAGCUGGGUUGAAGUUUAACCAGGUGCCAUCAUGGUGGGUGCAGGCAGUGGCACUUGGGUGCUGCUUCCCCUGAAGCUUCUUCUCCUCUAUUUUGGACAGGUUUCAAGGCCCCUGCACCUCCCAUGUUCCCCCAAUGGGAUCCUGCCAGAUCCUGUCUGCAUUCCUCCCCCAUGUGUGCACCCCAGGACCUGCACCCUGUGUGUGCACCUCAGGACCUAAACCCUGCACCCCGUAUCUGCACCCUGCACCCCAGGACCCACGCCCUACACCCCAUCUGUGCACCCUGCACCCCAGUUCCCAUACCCUGCACCCAAUGUCUUCACCCUGUGUGUGCACCCCAAUACCCACACCCCGCACCCUAUCUGUGUACCCUGUGCCCCACAUGUGCACCCCAGUGCCCACGCCCUGUGCCCCAUGUGCUUUGCAGCCAUUUCCCACUGCAGGCUCAUCGCAGCCAUCACAGAGCACAGGACAAACCCUGGGGGUGACCACCCCCAACAGAGCCACUUGUCCCCUGUACCAAGGCCACAAGCUUGUCCUGGAAAGUGAAGGCAGGCUGGGGAGUGCCCAGGCUGCCCAGAGCAGCUGUGGCUGCCCCAUCCCUGGCAGUGUUGAAGGCCAGGUUGGAUGGGGCUUGGAGCAACCUGGUCUGGUGGGAGAUGUCCCUGCCCAAGGCAGGAGGUUGGGACUAGACGAUCUUCAAGGUCCCUUCCAACUCAAACCAUUCCAUGAUUCUAUGAUCUGUGGGGGGUGGUGCCAUGCAGCCCCCCAAGAGCAGGGUGGGAACCUCCAGGGCAUGCCCUGCCAGGGGCUGGGGUACCAGCAGGGCUGGCAGGAGCUGCCAACACCUCUUAAAGCCCCAACCCAGAAGCCAGUGCCAGGGAGGGGCUGUUUUGGCAGCACCCCUGGGUUUUCCAGGCAGGGCUCCAGGGUGGGUGCUGGGCCACAGCCACGGCUGCCCGGGGAUGAUGCUCUUGGAUUUUACAUUUCCUCAGCAGACUCCAAAGCAGCUCUGAAACCUGCUCUUCCCUGCCAGCAAACCCAGGGAGAAAAACAACCAGGAUUCUGGAUAACUCCGGGCUGGAGGGAGCAGGUUUAAACCUCUCUGCCACCCACCCAGGAGCUGUAUUUUUCUCUCUCCCCCCACCCUGAAGCUGGUUUUUGUUCGUUUUUCCUCUCCCCCCCCCCUAAAUCCAUGCAGCAUCUUUUCCAAGGAUAAAUCGGUCUGCAAAACAUUCCAGUGGGCUGGCUGGCAGAGCAGGGCAGGGCUGGAAGGAAGGACACAGCCAGACAAACCUCAAUGCCCCAGAUGAAAAUAGUUGAGGGCUGGGAAGAAUUUGGGAAGGGGGGAAAUACUAAGCGUGUUUGCCCAAAUCUUCACACCACCCUGGAUGUCAGCUUGGAAGAUGUUUUGGGGCCAGGAGAAGGGCUGGGAGCUGAGGGGAAGGAGCCCUGACACCAAGGGGAUGGGCCACGGGGAGGAGGGCAUGAGGCUGGGGGAUGCACCCAAAGGAUCACUGAGAGAACCAAGGUGCUUGG